UUGUUUUUGGCAUUAUCAAGUAUCAUGAAACCAAUUUUCAUAUUCUCAUUAUAUUUUAUUGUCUCAUUUUAUGAAAUCACUUUAGUAUUGGGAUUAAAAAAAGAUUUAGAUUAUUUAUUGAAGACACACAAUCAAAUUCGUAGUUCUGUUAGUGCUUGUAAAAUUGCUGGUCAACCAAAAGCUAGAGGAUUAAAAAAAUUGAUAUGGGAUGGUCAGUUGGCUUUAAAAGCAGCUGCAUUAUCAAAUACUUGUUAUUUUCGUUUCUCCAAUGUAACAACUCCAAAAUUUAAAUAUGUUGGACAAAAUAUUGCAGCUUAUGCUAGUGUUGAAAUUGCUAUGAAUGAAUGGUUUCAAGAAUAUCAAGAUUAUGAUUUUAAAAGGAAUACAUGCAAAUCAUCAUGUGGAAAUUAUAUACAGAUUGUAUGGCAAGAAACAACACAUAUUGGUUGUGGAGUUACUUAUUGCCCGAAAACUAAACGAUUUCCUUAUGGUGUAUUUGUAGUAUGCAAUUAUGGCCCUGGGGCAAAGUUUGAUAAAAGUCCAUAUGAUGUAAUCAGUUAUGUAAAAUGUCCAACUGUUCAAUCGAAAUGGCAACAAACUAGACUGAAUGGUAAAAAUUGUUUUUGUUAUAAGUAAGACUGUUCAUCACAAGUUUAUUACGUAAAAGUUAAUCUUCACAGUUAAUAUUUAAGAUUAAAAUAAAAAAAAUUACAUGACAAAAA